GGCUGCGGAUAUGGUAAACUGCAGCAACCUGUCUCCUCCCAAGCAUUUCUUCAAUCUGAACCUGCUCGCGAUCGCGCCCGCCUAUCCACUCCUUUCACUCCGCUUUGCGGGAUUCCGUUCACCACCGCAACCACAGCGUACCCCGCCAAACUUUCAUACUGCACAAUCAGGCGAACGCCGAAUGCCCGUAUGCCGCGUGUCCAGAGCCGCACCGUCGUUCUCUCUGCCUCUUUCAAUACCGACGCGGGUAGAAUACCUCACGCAGCGCUCGUAUUUUAACGCGCCUCAAUAAAUAUGUCGAAUUCGCGACCAAAGGAGGGAGAUGUGUUACCCGGAAAGAUUGGGAUCGGAGUUGAUCCUUCUUACUCUGCCGAAUUGCGAAAUCGAAUAAAGGACUUACUGAAUUGGAAACAUGACGGGUUCCCAGGCUCUCAACCCGUCGCCCUGCAACACAAUAACCUGCAGGCCCUCGAACGAGAGGAUUACUUUGUUUGCGAAAAGAGCGAUGGCGUACGAUAUCUUAUGUUAUUGAUGGUGACACAGAAAGGGCCGGCGACGUUUAUGAUUGACCGCAAAAACGAGUUCCAUUACGUCGAUAUGAAGUUUCCGCUACCGAAACAAGUAGGCGAAGUAACGAAGUAUCAUAAUGAGACCCUGCUGGACGGGGAACUUGUAGUGGAUGUAGAAGGUUCACAUAGGACAUUAACUUACCUUGUUUUUGAUCUCUUGACUUCCCACGGUGAACGACACCUACACGAAACCUAUAACCGUCGCUUGGGUUUCUUCCAACGAGAUGUGCUUGCACCGUAUGAGCACUACCUCAAAUACCAUCCUGAAGCACGUAAUGUGCAGCCAUUCCGCAUCCGAAUAAAAACGCAGCAACGUUCGUAUGGCAUGCAUGUGGUUUUCGAUGAGAUCGCUCGACAGAAGCAUGGUAAUGAUGGGUUGAUAUUUACGCCCGUGAAUCUGCCAUACACACCGGGAACAUGCCACAAACUACUGAAGUGGAAGCCACCCGAGCAAAAUACAAUUGACUUCAAGAUCAAAAUGGAUUUGGACAAGGACCGCAAACCACACUAUGCAAUCCUGAUUGCCGAGUUUGGGGCUCACAAGUUUCACGACCAGCUAACGCUGGAACCAGAGCUGCAAGAAAAAUGGCGAGUCUCCCCUCCUGAUGGACGAAUUGCAGAAUUCCGUUGGGAUAAGACUUGGAUGACACAUCUAUGGGAAGAUGGAUAUGUUUCGAGCAAGCGGGAAGGAGGAUGGCGAUUUGUCCGAUUUCGAGAUGAUAAGGACACCGCAAAUGAUCUGGCUAUCUUGGAAAAGACGAUGAAGCUGAUUCAAAAUGGGGUAACGAAAGAAAUGCUUCUUGGCAGAAUCGAAACAAUACGUGCGCAUUGGAAGGCUAGAGAACAAGGGGUGUCGCUGCCACCACGACCACCACCGGAGCGCAAGUUUUCAACUGGACCAGUACCCCCAACACCAGCCCUGGAAAAUGCUCCAUCACUCGAGGAUCCUUGGAGAGAUGGAGUGAUGGGAAUUAGUGAUCAUGUUAAACGCCGCCUUUCGAGUGGGAGUACUACAUCCGAUGUGGAGCUCCCUGUUCGACGCGUGUCGACAGAUUUUGAUAGACGACUGUCCGUCGAAUCUCCACUGAAACAAAAAUCUGGGGACACAUCACCUUUUAUGAUCGACCGAAGAGAGUCUGCCGAUUCAGAUGCGAUAAGGCGCUCUUCAGCAUCAUCUGGUGGGAGCGAGUACCGCCGCUCGUCUGAGGUAUUCAUAACAUCACCUACUGUUGACACGGGAAAGCCUUGCGAUCUCUUGACGAAGCCGCAAGCAGGGUUUAAAUCGGAGCGGGAGGGGCGGGAUGUAAGUGGGGAGACCGGUGAGGCCGAAGCGGAAACACUUCCGCCACGAAAACGGUCAAUUAGCGAAUGGGUUGCACAGAUGCCGAAGGGAAUACGUCUUAAGAAAAUUGUUCACGCGAGAAGUACUGAGAGUAAUGCAGAAUCAGCGUCCACCCUUGGGGAAGAUGGCUCAGUGACAGACACAUCGCCCCCGGAAGAGUCGGAUAUCAAAAGCCCAUCAGUGCUCAAAAAGGUCCCCGAAGCAUCAGAAUCCCACACAGAGGCAGAGGUGGAUGCCUCAUCUACACUACGUGAUAUGAAUCCACAGAAGUUGAUACCACCAGAGACUUUGCAAGUGGAGGAUAAUGCAGAGACGACGCGCGUUUGUCAAGAGGUAAAGCAAGAAAAGCUAAAGGAACCACCAACGCCCAAUGGCGCUCCCGUAAUGGGGACUCCAUCGCCCGAAAUGAAUGUAACCAAAAGCCUGCAUGACCUCAUGGAUACGGACACACCGUCGAAUAAGCUAGCAGGGAUAAUACCGACGGCCCCAAGUGUAGGAGAUGCAGCUGACCCAUUACCCAAGACAUGCAAAUCGGAAGAAGAUCAGCAUGCGAUGGACAUAGAUGUCAAGUCUCCAACUGGAACGAAGAGCAGCGUGGAUACAGAGACUAGCAACUUGCAUUUACUCAAUUCAUCAAGUGCUGCGUCGCCGAUGGAGCUUGAUGAGUCCGCUGCGCCAUCUCGAAAGGUCGACGCCCUAGAUCCUAUGGAAACAGAGAAACAGGCGCUCCCUGUUAACUUUAAGCAGGAAGCCGCGGUUCAUUCUGUCCACCCUUUGAUAUUCAAAGAGCCCCAAGCCCUGCAAAGCCCUGCUCCAAUGCAAGUGGCUAAUCUUAUUGGUAUCGUCGACAAGGGGCACGGGCAAGCACCCGAACCACCCGAAAACACCUCCGCUAGUGGGAGAAGAACAUCAAAUGGCAAAGUAGCCUCUCAGAAGGGUCGAAAAGGGAAGGCGAGCAGUCCAAUGUUGUCGACAGCAACUGUUGACGUGACGGAUAUUGCGACUAAGCCAUCGCCACUUCGUGGGAAGAAGGCGAGCGAAAAGCCGCGCAAGAUGUCUGAAGCGAGGAGAAGAUCUAGUAUGAAACCUUACGAGGCAUCGCUGCUUGCCGUUCCAGCGUACACAACCGCCCCCGCUGGGUCAUUACCAGCCCGUCCGCCAGGGUCAACUACUUCGGAUGUGGUGACGGUGGUGUUGCCUCAGCCUCCCCCUGUACUUAUGCAAGGUCAGAAAAAGAGAGUGGAUGAUGACGAUGUAUACGAUGAACAAGAGUCACCAGCAGCGUCUCCGCAAGUCCCUGUCAUAAACACGAUACCCGAAAUUGCAGCUGGGAAGACAGAUGAGGUUAUCCAAACUCCACCACGCCGUAAGCAAUCACGACCCUCAUCAUCCGCCUCUCAUCGAAGAUCUUCUUCCACACCCAUGAAAUUGCUGUCGCACGCUGGGGAGUCCAUGCGUACAAAUUCCAAUACUUCAAUGGAUAUCGGCAAGCAACGCGGGUCUCCUUCGGAUGCAGCUACUCUCCACAUUCCGUCGAUGGGGCAAUCAGUGCCUUCCCACCCAUCCCCUGGAUCUGCUACUGGAGGGUAUCCUCUUGGACCCAAUGGAGCACCGUUACCGCACGUGUUUUCGUCAGAACGGCCUCCGGCGCCCCCUCACACGCGAUCGCUAUCAUCGAGCAACGUGUAUGAGAUGCAACAUCGAGUCGCAAGUCAACCACAUAUCCAAAUUCAUCAGCAACCCUCCCACGCGCCGAUGAUGCAGCCGAUCAUGUACGGGGACCCACGAAUGCAACCGGUAUCCAUGCAAGGUGGACACCGACUGUCGAUUGAUCAUAAUGCGAUGUCUGCUGCAUCACCAUAUCGGCGUCGUUCAUCUGUAUCACAGCCUCUAAUACAAGCUGCGCCGUACCCGUCAAUGGUCAUGGCUCCAACAAGCGCACCUGGAUAUCCACCGGGUACUGUGAUUCAGCUACCAGUGGCAGCUGGCGGACCUGUGAUGUUUUAUCCGAUGCUUGCUCCUCGUCACCCGCAGCCACCUGGACCGGUUACCUUCUACUCAGCAACUCAAUCGCCGGAAGGCGCAGGACAACCGCAAUUCGUUGCAUACCCUCCUCCCCCACACCCUGCGUCUCAGCCAUCAUCAUCAGCACCAGGGGGACAGCCGAUGCGGGUAGUCCAGCAGCACGUUCUUCCUUCGUCACAUACUGCUCAGCAGCAACAGCUACAGCAACACCAGCAGCACCAUCACCAGCAACACUCACAUCACCAGCGAGCCCAACAGCACACGGGGGCCGAUCACAAAGAAGUCCUCUCUAGAUAUAUUCAUGAGAAGGAUCAAAGUGCACGCGAGAGACGAUCAUCUCACUACGACCACCCCGGCCGCCGAUCAUCGAGUGCGGCUAGCGGGACCAACAGCAGCGGUACAUCACGUUCAGCGCGAAUAGGCCCGCCGCCUCCUGCGUAUCCUCACCCCAAUCCAUCACCGCAACAACCACAUCAGCAUCCCGUACCCUCCACGUCACCACCGCCUCGGAUGGAAGCGCAGUCACCUGCACCCACCGUACCAUCAAUUUCGCCGUCGAACCGGAUACCGACCAAACGAACAAGUGCGUGGCUGGAUGUGGUGAUGGGAACAUCGGACUCACAAUUGCCGUCCCCUGAGGACGUUGGACAUAAACGGGCAAAAGGAUGACCAAAACAUCUUCUUGCGAAUAGGUUUCGGGCCUCCUCGCGGUUAUUUUAUUCACAAUUCACAGGUCAUGUGAACCAAAUGUAAUGCAUCUUAGUGUAAUGAAUGGACAAUCAGGGGUGGAAUGUAAAGUUGUUUUUUUUGUGCUGGAUUGGAUGGUAACUUGGAGGUUCAAAAAGAGAUUGUAAUCUUUAUUUGGGGGUACACCGAGGGCAUUGUAUUGCUUUCUGGGCGAUAAAUUCGUUUAAGCCCUUGUGGCCUUGUUCGGUUUUGUGGGAUAGUAGUGGUUGUUGCUUUCUUGCUUUUGGUUCCAUGUCUAUAGCCUUUACUGUAAAGAUACUUUGGCCGGGGUGUUUUCUCCUUCGUUUACUGCUUGGCGCGGGCAGAACCGUCACUACCAGCUGCAAUUCAUACGUUACGAUACGAUACGAUACGGAUUAAUCCGGUUAAUCAUAUCACAUAAUCAGAACCCCCAUCUAUCACUCAGAUUGGUGUGGCAUGCUAAAUGUUUUUUUUUUAAACUGCGGUGAGGUGCAUGCCGAAGGUCUAUAAAAGGGGACCUGCUCCCUCUUCCCUCUUGUUUCUUUAUCCCUCGACUCGCAAGCAUCUGCCCAACGCUCAUCGCGACCCACAUUGCAACCUCAUUGCGACUUGGUCAAUCAUGAGCAUGCAGAUGUGGUGGUGUUGAGGACCUCGACUGCCCGACAGCAACAGCAAUCAGAACCAGCCACAGCCUCGGAUUCAGCAAAGCUGCUAUUAUGCUGCCACAUUAGUUGAGCUUGGUUGCCUUGUCACUGAAAAUCCCCCAGCUUGCGACGCUGCCCAGUCAAUUCGCUCCUGGAUGCAAGACUCUGGCUUCAAUGCCAUCAAAGAGUUCUGGAUCAAGGCCUAGUAGGGACCGUGUGUGGUGGUGGGCAGUUAUCCGGUUAGAACCAACCGUUACGAAUUGCGUGUAUAAUUGCCUAGUAGUAGCUUAGUUAGCUUUUCCGAACCAGUUGUCGCUGGUUUAUUCCCUGGUGUAUUGUGUAGUGACAUUUGUUAUUGCCAAUACACUAC